CACUUCCUGCGGCAGCUGCUCAAGAUGAGGAGGAGAGCUGGGCUUGGGCGGUGCGAUCUGGUCCCCUGGGCCUGAGCCCCACCUGCCUCCGACAGCGGACUUCCCCUAACCAGACCUGGGGCUCCCGGUAUGAGUGCUAGAUAAAUAGGCGUUUGGAGUCGUGAACCUGAGACACCGGAGGUAAUGCUGGCCUGGUUUUGAGUUGCUUGGAACGAGUGAGAAAUCACAAAAAUGGAGGACUUUAAUACCAGGACCUACGGUACCAGUGGACUGGACAACAGACCUCUGUUUGGAGAGACGUCAGCCAAGGAUCGGAUCAUCAAUUUAGUUGUCGGCAGUUUAACAUCCUUACUGAUUUUAGUAACGCUGAUCAGUGCUUUUGUUUUCCCUCAACUACCUCCCAAACCAUUGAAUAUAUUUUUUGCUGUCUGCAUCUCUUUGAGUAGUAUUACUGCCUGCAUACUUAUCUACUGGUAUCGACAAGGAGACUUAGAACCGAAAUUUAGAAAUCUAAUUUACUAUAUCAUAUUUUCUAUCAUUAUGCUAUGUAUAUGUGCAAACCUGUAUUUCCAUGACGUGGGAAAGUGA